AUGGUAUGUCUUGCAGUUAUCACCAUCUUCAGGGGCAAGGUGGAGGAAGUGGAGCUGCCAGUGGAGAAGGUUGACAUCAUCAUCUCAGAGUGGAUGGGCUACUGUCUCUUCUACGAGUCCAUGCUCAAUACCGUCAUCUUUGCAAGGGACAAGUGGCUGGUAGGUGUGUGUGCGUGUGUGCGUGUGUGCGUGUGUGCGUGUGUGCGUGCGUGCGUGCGUGUGUGUGUGUGUGUGCAUGCACUGACCAGACAUGCUAGCAGCAUGAACAAUGCUCUAACCUCACUGACUUACCCAGGGAUAAAAACCAUAACCUGGCCUUGUGUUUGGUUCUUCUCACAUGCAGCACAGCUGAGAAAUGAGAUGUCUUUGUGUGCAGGAUUGAUUGCAGGUUCUUUUUUUCUCCCCAAAUUUUAAACAGAAACCCGGCGGUCUGAUGUUUCCAGACCGUGCUGCACUGUAUGUGGUGGCCAUCGAGGACAGGCAGUACAAGGACUUCAAAAUCCAUUGUGAGUGUGUGUUUACUUGACCCUGUGCCCUCACACAAGUCCCGCUGCCCCUGACUGGCUCUCUAUUCCCAGGGUGGGUCUUAACUGGCUUAUAUUUCUGCUUUGCUAAUGAACUGUGAAUGUAGAACAACCACAGCAGCACACACAGAAAAGACACACACUUAAACAUACACACGGCAAACACACUUAAACAUACACAAUAUACUGGACACAGACAGACAGACACACACACACACACACACACACACACACACACAGCAUGCACGCACGCACACACAUUAGUGUUGGUCAUACAUUUGAACUUUUCAAAGGCAUAAGUGAUGAUCGAUACAAUAUUACAAGUCAACAAGCCUCUCCAUCUGAGUGCUAGCCCACACUAAAGCUCUCAUGGAGGAUUUGGUGGAAUUGUUCAUUCUUCAUCUCAGCCCAGAGCCAUGACAGAAAAACAGAGGACAUGAAGCAGAACAAUGGCCGAUACCACCACACACACCCACUCCACAUACAUACAAUUGAAGUUGGAAGUUUACAUACACUUAGGUUGGAGUCAUUUAAAACUCGUUUUUCAACCACUCCACAAGUUUCUUGUUAACAAACUAUAGUUUUGGCAAGUUGGUUAGGACAUGUACUUUGUGCAUGACACAAGUCAUUUUUCCAACAAUUGUUUACAGACAGAUUAUUUCACUUAUAAUUCACUGUAUCACAAUUCCAGUGGGUCAGAAGUUUACAUACACUAAGUUGACUGUGCCUUUAAACAGCUUGGAAAAUUGGCUUUAGAAGCUUCUGAUAGGUUAAUUGACAUAAUUUGAGUCAAUUGGAUGUGUACCUGUGGAUGUAUUUCAAGGCCUACCUUCAAACUCAGUGCCUCUUUGCAUGACAUCAUGGGAUAAUCAAUAGAAAUCAGCCAAGAGCUCAGAAAAACAAUUGUAUACCUCCACAAGUCUGGUUCAUCCUUGGGAGCAAUUUCCAAAUGCCUGAAGGUACCACGUUCAUCUGUACAAACAAUAGUACGCAAGUAUAAACACCAUGGGACCACGCAGCCGUCAUACCGCUCAGAAAGGAGACGUGUUCUGUCUCCUAGAGAUGACCGUACUUUAGUGCGAAAAGUGCAAAUCAAUCCCAGAACAACAGCAAAGGACCUUGUGAAGAUGCUGGAGGAAACAGGUACAAAGGUAUCUAUAUCCACUGUAAAACGAGUCCUAUAUCAACAUAACCUGAAAGGCCGCUAAGCAAGGAAGAAGCCACUGCUCCAAAACCGCCAUAAAAAAGCCAGACUACGGUUUGCAACUUCACAAAAUGGAUGGCAUCAUGAGGAAGGAAAAUUAUGUGGAUAUAUAUAUAUAUUGAAGCAACAUCUCAAGACAUCAGUCAGGAAGUUAAAGCUUGGUCACAAAUGGGUCUUCCAAAUGGACAAUGACCCCAAGCAUACUUCCAAAGUUGUGGCAAAAUGGCUUAAGGACAACAAAGUCAAGGUAUUGGAGUGGCCAUCACAAAGCCCUGACCUCAAUCCUAUAGAGAAUUUGUGGGCAGAACUGAAAAGCGUGUGCGAGCAAGGAGGCCUACAAACCUGACUCAGUUACACCAGCUCUGUCAGGAGGAAUGGGCCAAAAUUCACCCAACUUAUUGUGGGAAGCUUAUGGAAGGCUACCCGAACCGUUUGACCCAAGUUAAACAAUUUAAUGGCAAUGCUACCAAAUACUAAUUGAAUGUGCGUAAACUUCUGACUCACUGGGAAUGUGAUGAAAUAAAUAAAAGCUGAAAUAAAUCAUUCGCUCUACUAUUAUUUUGACCUAUCACAAUCUUAAAAUAAAGUGGUGAUCCUAACUGACCUAAGACAGGGAUUUCUUACUAGGAUUAAAUGUCAGGAAUUGUGAAAAACUGAGUUUAAAUGUAUUUGGCUAAGGUGUAUGUAAACUUCCGACUUCAACUGUACAUACACACACACAUACACCACCAUUAGGGAAUUACACACCAACACAAUACUCUGAGACAGCGAGCUCCUUAGGCUUCCAGAAACCCAGACCACAUGACUGAGUGCUGAGUAGUCGUCCAGCCAGUGCUGUUUCUCUUUCUCAGCCGUGUGCAGUGAGAGGUUUUGGUGAAAGCAGAGGUAGAGGAUGAGUGGGGGACAGUGUCCAUAUUUGGCCCAUUCUGGUUCCAACAGACAGAUGGCUGUUGAUGUCUUUUGGGAAAGGAUGGCAUGCCUGAUCACUUAGUGCUAUAAAAUUAUGUUAUGUCAUUAUGAAAACAGGGUCGUAUUCAUUAGGGCAUAUCAUAGCAAAACAUUUUGAAACUGAAAAUGGAAAUUAGCAUUUGUUAUUGGACAAAGUCAGAUAGUCCCUCCCUGUUUCAGUCCAUGUUCUUACAUUUGCUGGAAUACUAACCAGGACUUAACUACUUCAGUUUUAUGGCCUAAUGAUGCACAGCUGAGGUGCGACCUGCUCAUUAUUCCCUCCUCAUCCUGUUGUCACACUUAAGUGGUUCCACUUUAAAAGGACACAUAAAGACGCUUACACACACGCUAUCUUUUUUAAAAUUAUUAUUUAAAAAAAUAUUAACACAUGCCCUAAUGAAUACGACCCCUCUUUGGAGGACACAAAUAUCUUAUUUUCUUUUUACUGCUUUUUUGCUACGUAUACAGUGCAUUCUGAAAGUAUUCAGACCCCUUGACUUUUUCCACAUUUUGUUACGUUACAGCCUUAUGCUAAAAUGGAUUAAAUAAAUAAAAAUCCUCAUCAAUCUACACACAAUACCCCAUAAUGACAAAGCGAGAACAGGUUUUUAGAAAACUUUGCAAAAUUUAUUUUAUAAAACAACAACAGAUACCUUAUUUACGUAAGGAUUCAGACCCUUUACAAUGAGAUUUGAAAUUGAGCUCAGGUGCAUCCUGUUAACAUUGAUCAUCCUUGUGAUGUUUCUACAACUUGGAGUCCACUUGUGGUAAAUGUAAUUGAUUGGGCAUGAUUUGGAAAGGCACACACCUGUCCGAUAUAAGAUCUCACAGUUGACAGUGCAUGUCAGAGCAAAAACCAAGCCAUGAGGUCGAUGGAAUUGUCCGUAGAGCUCCGAGACAGGAUUGUGUCGAGGCACAGAUCUGGGGAAGGGUACUAAAAAAAGUCUGCACCACUGAAGGUCCCCAAGAACCCGAUGGCCAGUCUGACUGAGUUCCUCUGUGGAGAUGGGAGAACCUUCCAGAAGGACAACCAUCUCUGCAGCACUCCACCAAUCAGGCCUUUAUGGUAGAGUGGCCAGACAGAAGCCACUCCUCAGUAAAAGGCACAUGACAGCGUGCUUGGAGUUUGCCAAAAGGCACCUAAAGGACUCUCAGACCAAGAUUCUCUGGUCUGAUGAAAUCAAGAUUGAACUCUUUGGCCUGAAUGCCAAGCGUCUCUUCUGAAGGAAACCAGGCACCGCUCAUCACCUGGCCAAUACCAUCCCUAUGGUAAAGCAUGGUGGUGGCAGCAUCAUGCUUUGGGAAUGUUUUUCAGCGGCAGGGACUGGGAGACUAGUCAGGAUCGAGGGAAAGAUGAACGGAGCGAAGUACAGAGAGAUCCUUGAUGAAAAUCUGCUCCAGAGCGCUCAGGACCUCAGACAGGGGCGACGGUUCACCUUCCAACAGGACAACCCCCCUAAGCCCACAGCCAAGACAAUGGAGGAGUGGCUUCGGGACAAGUCUCUGAAUGUCCUUGAGUGGCCCAGCCAGAGCCCGGACUUGAACCCGAUCGAACAUCUCUGGAGAGAACUGAAAAAGCUGUGCAGCGAUGCUCCCUAUCUAACCUGACAGAGCUUGAGAGGAUCUAAAGAGAAGAAUGGGAGAAACUCCCCAAAUACAGGUGUACCAAGCUUGUAGCGUCAUACCCAAGAAGACUCAAGGCUGUAAUCGCUGCCAAAGGUGCUUCAACAAAGUACUGAGUAAAAGGUCUGAAUACUUAUGUAAAUGUAAUAUUUCCGUUUUUUAUUUUGAAUAGAUUUGCAAAAAUGUUUAAAAACCUGAUUUUGCUUUGUCAUUAUAGGGUAUUGUGUGUAGAUUGAUGAGGGGGGAAUUGUUUAAAUCAAUUUUAGAAUAAGGCUAUAACGUAACAAAGUGGAAAAAGUUAAGGGGUCUGAAUACUUUCCGAAUGCACUGUACAUAUUACAAUUUCUAACAAAUUGAAAAUGAAACUUAGUUUAAAGUAUCACCCUUUCUUAAACAAGCCAUACAAAGCUGGUUACAAUUUCCAUUUUAUCCUCCAGAAAAGAUAGAACAAAUAUUAUAAGAAAUAUUAUGGUUAAACUAAAAUAUAUUGAUAAAAAAAAUGUUAUUCAUGGGAAAAAAUGUUUAAGUAUUAUAUUUAUUAAUUCUAUUUUGAAUAGAAAUGGUGGAGUUAUGUCACAUAUGCAGCUAUCGAAAAUAUAUGGGAAUGCUCAAUCCAAAGUUACAACCAACUGAUUGCAGCAUUACUGCAAAAAUGAAGGAGGCACGUGGAAGGGGGAGAAGGUAGAGAACUUGUUUGUCUGCCAUAUAUUAAAGAUACGACUUUGCUGAAAAGGAUUGGCAUAAAUAGAAAAACAUACCAGUUUCAUUUGAGGAUUUUUUUUUUUUUUUUUUUACAGCUGCGCCAUACAGGUUGCAAAAGAAAUGGGAAGAGAUUUUAGAUAUACUGAUUCCAUAGCAUAUGGUAUAUGAACUGAUACGAAAAACAACACUUGAUUCAACACUUGAGUUUUUUCAAUUUUAAUUAUUAUACAAAAUUGUUGCCAUCAACAGAAUGCUAUAUAUAUGGGGCAUACAACAAUCUCAGCUCUGUAGAUUUUGCUGUGAAGAGACAGAAUCACUAGAUCAUUUAUUUUGGUAUUGCUCCUAUGUAGUUUGUUUCUGGUCACAGGUUCAGUAACGGUAAAAAAAUCACAACAUUGACUUAAAAUUAACCUUACAGAUAGCAGUGUUAGGCGAUUUGGAAAGCCAUAGUUAAUCAACCAAUAAUAUAAUAAUACUUGUAGAUAAGGUUUUCAUCAUUAACUCACGAUCUGUGGAUACUAUGCGAUUAUAAAGGUUCAAAAAUAAUGUAAAACAGCACAAUUGAAAAAUACAUGGCGCAUGGAAACCAAGCGAGGGUGGUCAACGGUGAUAGGUGGGAUGGGCUGAGAGUGGCUGAGGGGUGAGAUUAAGAGCUUUUGUUCAGUAAUGUAUUAUUGUUAUGUGAUUGCUGUGUGUAUAAGUACCAUGUAUGUAAAAUGUAUGUAUAAAAUGUAUAUGUAAAGUGUGAUAUGUAAAAUGUAUGUACAGGGCAUUCGGAAAGUAUUCAGACCCCUUGACUUUUUACGUUACAGUUUACCCUCAUCAAUACCCCAUAAUGACUAAGCAAAAACUGGUUUUUUGAAAUGUUUGCAAAUGUAUAACAAAAAGAAAACUGAAAUAUAACAUUUACAUAAGUAUUCAAACCCUUUACUCAGUACUUUGUUGAAGCACCUUUGGCAGCGAUUACAGUCUCGAGUCUUCUUGGGUAUGAUGCUACAAGCUUGGCACACCUGUAUAUGAGGAGUUUCUCCCAUUCUUCUCUGCAGAUCCUCUCAAGCUCUGUCAGGUUGGAUGGGGUGCACAGCUAUUUUCAGUUCUCUCCAGAGAUGUUCGAUCGGGUUCAAGUCCGGGCUCUGGCUGGGCCACUCAAGGACAUUCAGAGACUUGUCCCGAAGCCACUUCUCCAUUGUCUUGGCUGUGUGCUUAGGGGGGUUGUCCUGUUGGAAGGUGAACCUUCGCCUCAGUCUGAGGUCCUGAGUGCUCUGGAGCAGGUUUUCAUCAAGGAUCUCUCUGUACUUUGCUCCGUUCAUCUUUCCCUCGAUCCUGACUAGUCUCCCAGUCCCUGCGGAUGAAAAACAUACCCACAGCAUGAUGCUGCCACCACAAUGCUUCACCGUAGGGAUGGUGCCAGGUUUCCUCCAGACGUGACGCUUGGCAUUCAGGCCAAAGAGUUCAAUCUUGGUUUCAUCAGACCAGAGACUCUUGUUUGUCAUGGUCUGAGAGUCCUUUAGGUGCCUUUUGGCAAACUCCAAGUGGGCUGUCAUGUGCCUUUUACUGAAGAGUGGCUUCCGUCUGGCCACUCUACCAUGAAGGCCUGAUUGGUGGAGUGCUGCAGAGAUGGUUGUCCUUCUGGAAGGUUCUCCCAUCUCCACAGAGGAACCCUUCUCCCCCCAUUGCUCAGUUUGGCCGGGCGGCAGCUCUAGGAAGAGUCUUGGUGGUUCCAAACGUUUUCUGUUGAAAAAUAACGGAGGCCACUGUGUUCUUGGGGACCUUCAAUGCUGCAGAAAUGUUUUGGUACCCUUCCCCAGAUCUAUGUCUCGACACAAUCCUGUCUCUGAGCUGUACGGACAAUUCCUUCGACCUCAUGGCUUGGUUUUAACUCUGACAUGCACUGUCAACAGUGGGACCUUAUAUAGACAGGUGUGUGCCUUUCCAAAUCAUGUCCAAUCAAUUGAAUUGACCACAUAUGGACUCCAAUGACGCUGUAGAAACAUCUCAAGAAUUAUCAAUGGAAACAGGAUGCACCUGAGCUCAAUUUCGAGUCUCAUAACAAAGGGUCUGAAUACUUAUGUAAAUAAGGUAUUUCUGUUUUUAUUUUGAAUAAAUUAGUAAAACAUUAUAACCUGUUUUCGCUUUGACAUUAUGGGUGUGUAGAUUGAUGAGGAAAUUGUUUUAUUUAAUCCAUUUUGGAAUAAGGCUGUAAUGUAACAAAAUGUGGAAAAAGUCAAGGGGUCUGAAUACUUUCCGAAUGCACUGUAUAAAGGCAAAAAGGCAAUCUUUGAACAAAUGAUGAGCCUUUCUUAAUAAUCUAUUGGAGAACCAGUUCGGGUUUAAGUAUAACUUAUGUAUGAGUGAAGCUUUUAGUGAGAGGUUUAAUGCUUUAAUAUUUAAUAAUUUUAGCCUCCCAAACUCCUAUUCAUUAUAUAAAUAGGCACGUUUAAUUUUGUCUGGCUUAGCAUUUCAAAUAAAGUAAAAUAUGUUUUUGCUCUUAUGAUUUACAAAACGAGUCAUCUGGAGUAGGCAGCGCCAUUAGUAAGUAAGUAAGCUGUGAUUGGACCAAUGAUGAUUUAAUCUUAUCUAUUUUUGCAAACUUUCUAUUAAAAUUGAUUGUGGUAAGUUAAUUUAUAUUUUUUGAGAUAUGAAUACCAAGUAUGUCUACUUCACCAUCCACCCAUUUUAUUGGUAAACUACAAGGUAGUGUAAACAUUGUCUUUUAACGAUCCAACACGUAAUAUGGUACAAAUCAAAUGUUAUUAGUCACAUUCGCCGAAUACAACCGCUGUAGACCUUACCGUGAAAUGCUUACUUACAAGCCCUUAACCAACAAUGCAAUUCAAGAAAGAGUUAAGAAAAUAUUUACUAAAUAAACUAAGGUAAAAAAUAAUAAAAAGUAACACAAUGAAAUAACAAUAACCAGGCUAUAUACCUCGUUAUCAUAAUUAGGUUUUAGAGAGGCUAGAACAGUGAUCAAGAUCUUCAAUGAGACUGUGCUGGGAUCCAGAUUGCAGACUGAGUCAUCGCAAUACAUUGACACUUUUGUUUUUAACCCCUGGAUUUCUAACCCCUUGAUGUUCUUGUUGGAUCUGAUUUUAAUAGCUAGCAUUUCGAUGGCCAUAAUAAAUAGAUAUGGAGACAACAGACAGACUUGUUUUACUCUUCUUAACAGCUCAAUACUUUCUGAGAAGUAACCAUUAUUUACUAUUUUACACCUGGGGUUGCUUUACAUAACUUUUAACCCAUUGUAUAAGAGAUUCACUGAAAUUAAAGUAGUCCAGGCAUUUAUAUAUAAAUUCUAGUCGUACUUUAUCAAACGCCUUUUCAAAAUCUGCUAUGAAGACCAGGCCUGGUGUCUUUGACGUUUCAUAGUGUUCAACUGUUUCAAGUAAUUGUUGUAUAUUAUCUCCAAUAUAUCAUCCUUGUAAAAAACCUGUCUGAUCAGGAUGAACAAUCUGGUAAAAUCUUUUUUAUUCUAUGUGCUAUGCAUUUUGCCAGGAUUUUUGCGUCACAACAUUGAAGUGUAAGAGGCCUCCAGUCUUUUAAAUGGACUGGAUCUUAAACACACGAUAUUAAGGACUGUAGCCAUGCAUAAUACAUGAUCAGUUAGCCUGAGGAGAGAAGAGAUUAGGCACUCUCUCUGUUUACUCGACUAACAGUGAUGGUUAGCCGACACUGCGUCUGAAAUGGCCCCCAAUUCCCUAUUUAGGCCACUACUUUUGACCAGAUAUCUUGGGCCCUGGUCAACUACAUAGGGAGUAGGGUGCCAUUUUGGACAAACACAAUGAAUUCCUCCUUCUCUAAGGCUGAUUUAUUUAAUUGCCCUUCUUCCACAAAGGUGUUCCAUAAUGCACUGUGCGUCCACAGGGUGGGAGAACGUGUAUGGCUUUGACAUGACCUGUAUCCGUAACGUGGCAAUGAAGGAGCCCCUGGUGGACAUAGUUGACUCCAAACAGAUGGUCACCAACUCCUUCCUGAUCAAGGUCUGCUUUGUCUUCACUUCACGUGUGUGUGUGUGCGUGCGUGCGUGCGUGCAUGCGUGCGUGCGUCUUUGUGUGUGCAUGCAUGUGUAGGACUAUUGCAUGUCUCUGUGUAUGACUGUAUAUGUGGGUAGUUAUUGAGUAUUUGUGGAGAACAAGCAGUGUGAAAGCCCACAGUUGAAUCCCAAACCAUUGACUCAGCAUUGUCUCUGCCCCAAAAACCGACGUCCUCUCUGGGCAGCUUUAAAAAUAAAGUAAAAAACGGAUGUCUUCAGUGCCCAUAUGAAUGUACCCUACGAUGUAACUGCAAUGAUGAGAUAGAUGUUCUUCUUCUUUGUUUUUAUGUUUUAUUAUCUAGUUGUCAUACUGCGGCAGGUAGCUUAGUGGGUAAGAGCGUUGUGCCAGUAACCGAAAGGUCGCUGGUUCUAAUCCCCGAGCCGACUAGGUGAAAAAUCUGUCGAUGUGCCCUUAAGCAAGGCACUUAACCCUAAUUGCUCCUGUAAGUCGCUCUGGAUAAGAGCGUCUGCUAAAUGACGUAAAUGUAAAUGUAAACCAUGUCUCAAGAGGACCACAAUGGAAAUAAGUCCCUUUAUUGUGUGUUAUCCUCCAUGAUUUUACUCAUGUGCAUGUAUGUCUUUUUCAAGUUUUAUGUGUGCUUGUUUUCUUAAAUGAUCAAAUUAAUAAAGUUAAAAAAUAAUAAACUCUACGCUCAUGCAGUGUGGGAUUUACAUAACCGGUGUUACUGUUAUUAUUAUAAUGAGUCACCAGAUUAUAUUAUCUUGAUAUGUUAAUUCAAAUGGGGAACAUAGCUGCUAAGCUACAGGUUUUGGACUGCUGAGGUGUGUACUUCUCAUCCACACGCCUCAACGUAACUUGGCAUUGUGGAAAACACUAGGAAUCAAGACUUUUUAAACUAUUUAACCUAAUUCAAAAUCAGGAAAGAGGCCAUACGUGACAGUAAAGGGACUGUAAAUCAUCCACAUACCAAUCACAAUCUAGUGGCGUAUGUCCUCAGCUGGAAAUGGACAAUAUGUCACCCUAAUGUGAUCCUCCAAUUCCAGCCUUCUGGCCAUGCUGUCUCUGUCCUUCACUACUAGCUACAGAUUGUGCCAUGCAUGUCAAUUCACAUGUCUAGACUGCUGAUUGUCUGAUUGUCUUGUUUAUCUAGAUUAUUGAUUUGGAUUGUUCUGGCCGUUACUAAGUGCAGGUGUUAGAUAACUAGCAUGUCUUUCCAUUGUUUCUUUCUAAAGCCUUUUGUCUGUAAUAAUAACAAGCAGGGAAAUAAUCUUUGAAAAGUCAGUGUUUUAUCUUGAAGAUUUUGAUACUGGCGCCUUGUUGCACUCACGCCUGGUAAGAUAAAACCUGACAACCCGGAAAAUGACAAGCCACUGACAAGCUUGUUGCAUGUCUCUGAAUGGAUUACAGAAUGAAUCAUAUAAUUAAUAUUUUACACAGACAGUGCGCAAAAGAGCUUAGGCUGUUAAAGGGAUCAAAGAAGUUCCUCAUGUUCAAAACGUUUCCUUUACUGUGAGUGAGCGAGAGCCGAAGAUGAAUUGUUGUCCUGCACUAUGAAAUAUGACUUUAAGGAGUUUGUAGCACAUAACCAAAAUAAACAGUUGUUACUCUUACGAAACCUGGGAGUUGUUUGAGAAAGAUAGCAGGGGAGGUUGACUUUUGAAUUAUGCUGGUUUAACUGCUGAUCGCCCGAUGCAUAAAAAUCAUAUUUUUCCACUGCAAAUGUGGCACUUUGGAAACAGAGCCAGUGGCCCCCCGUGGUGAAUGCAUUAUAGGGGACUGCAUAACAACACAUUAUCUGAGCUCUAAACCAUCUGUCUGUCUACCUAGCAGCAAUGGAUUCGAAUGGGAGGAUGCUCCUGAUUGCUCUGUAAUUAAACGCUAACGUGAUUUGGGAACCGCUGUUGUGCUGACAUUUGAGCGUGAAAGAUUAAAUGUGGGCCUCACCGGAGCAGAACGCUGUGUUUCACCACCAUAUGCUCACCUCUCUAUCUCUCCUCUCCCACUGCAGAAUCACAAGGCAUUAGAUACCCUUUUAAAAUAUGGGAUAUGAAUCAGGGGAUGUCUAUAAAGGAGCAGGACGUCAGCACAAUACAAUCCUGGCAAUAGUUACUGCCUUGGUUCUCCAGCCAAAUGACCCCAUCUUCUCCUUGUUCAUCCACCUUUAGUGGGGGUUUCUGGGCUGGUCCCUCUUGGGGGGAGGGGGUUUAUGGGCUGGUCCCUCUUGGGGGGAGGGGGAGUUAGUGGGGUUUGGUUUCAGCUCCGUGGCCCUUGAACCCAAAGGGAGAGGUUGGAGCAGAGUAGCAGAGAGCAGAGGCUUCAGCCCUGACAGAGAGAACAAGAGGCUCAGGGAUAAUACAGGACACAAUGCCCAGGGGCACCGCCACAUAGAUCAUAUGACUCACAUAUAAGACCUGGACCUGCUCCUUACAAUACUUAAGACUUGGUCAGCUUCACAUGACAGGCUGCUUCAUGGCCACCAACAGAGGAAGAGUUAGGCCUACAUGUACAUAUACAAUGGAGAAACCACUGUGCUGGCAGUGAAUGGUGUGAAUAGAACCCCAAUCACUAUGGAUUAUGUAUGUGAUUAUCAUUAACACUGCUAGCUGUAGUUGUAACAGGGAAGUGUGGUUGUUCUCUCUUCAACAGGAGGUGGACAUCUACACAGUGAAGACUGAGGACUUGUCCUUCACCUCAGCCUUCUGCCUUCAGAUCCAGAGGAACGACUACAUCCAUGCCCUGGUCACCUACUUCAACAUCGAGUUCACCAAGUGUCACAAGAAGACUGGCUUCUCCACCGGUAUGUCCUCAACUCUCUCUCUUCCUAUUUUCGUUCUCGUUCUCGUUCUCGGUCUCUCUCUCUGUUAUUGAUUUUCACACAGGCUUACACAGGUAUAACCUAAUUGUAGAGGUAAGAUUGACAUGUGAUUAAAAGAGGAAUGUGUAGGUCGGCAAAGGGCAAAUGUUGGGGUUGGGGGGGGGGGGGGGGCAAUAAACUGGAUGAUAAGAAAGUCUCAGUGUGGAAGGCUCAUUAGCACUCUUUGUACCGUAGUACUAGCAGCUCUCCAGUUCACAGUGUUGUUAUCAGACCAACUCCUGACAGACCCAGGGUUUUAUCCUUUUAACUGGCGGCAGCAGCAGCAGAUUAUAGGCUAGGAGAGUCCUGCUGCUCCCUGACAGGUCAGCUAGAGUUCCAGCUCCCUGCCUACCAUCCAUCCUCCCAUCCUCCCUGUGGGUUCCAUCCCGAUCCGCAUUCACAGACAAAGACACCCCCCCCCCCCCCCCCCCCCACAACAGCAAACACUGAUACACUAUAUACAGUGGGGGAAAAAAGUAUUUAGUCAGCCACCAAUUGUGCAAGUUCUCCCACUUAAAAAGAUGAGAGAGGCCUGUAAUUUUCAUCAUAGGUACACGUCAACUAUGACAGACAAAUUGAGAAAAUAAAAUCCAGAAAAUCACAUUGUAGGAUUUUUAAUGAAUUUAUUUGCAAAUUAUGGUGGAAAAUAAGUAUUUGGUCACCUACAAACAAGCAAGAUUUCUGGCUCUCACAGACCUGUAACUUCUUCUUUAAGAGGCUCCUCUGUCCUCAACUCGUUACCUGUAUUAAUGGCACCUGUUUGAACUUGUUAUCAGUAUAAAAGACACCUGUCCACAACCUCAAACAGUCACACUCCAAACUCCACUAUGGCCAAGACCAAAGAGCUGUCAAAGAACACCAGAAACAAAAGUGUAGACCUGCACCAGGCUGGGAAGACUGAAUCUGCAAUAGGUAAGCAGCUUGGUUUGAAGAAAUCAACUGUGGGAGCAAUUAUUAGGAAAUGGAAGACAUACAAGACCACUGAUAAUCUCCCUCGAUUUGGGGCUCCACGCAAGAUCUCCCCCCGUGGGGUCAAAAUGAUCACAAGAACGGUGAGCAAAAAUCCCAGAACCACAUGGGGGGACCUAGUGAAUGACCUGCAGAGAGCUGGGACCAAAGUAACAAAGCCUACCAUCAGUAACACACUACGCCGCCAGGGACUCAAAUCCUGCAGUGCCAGACGUGUCCCCCUGCUUAAGCCAGUACAUGUCCAGGCCCAUCUGAAGUUUGCUAGAGUGCAUUUGGAUGAUCCAUAAGAGGAUUCGGAGAAUGUCAUAUGGUCAGAUGAAACCAAAAUAUAACUUAUUGGUAAAAACUCAACUCGUCGUGUUUGGAGGACAAAGAAUGCUGAGUUGCAUCCAAAGAACACCAUACCUACUGUGAAGCAUGGGGGUGGGAAAAUCAUGCUUUGGGGCUGUUUUUCUGCAAAGGGACCAGGACGACUGAUCCGUGUAAAGGAAAGAAUGAAUCGGGCCAUGUAUCGUGAGAUUUUGAGUGAAAACCUCCUUCCAUCAGCAAGGGCAUUGAAGAUGAAACGUGGCUGGGUCUUUCAGCAUGACAAUGAUCCCAAACACACCGCCCGGGCAACGAAGGAGUGGCUUCGUAAGAAGCAUUUCAAGGUCCUGGAGUGGCCUAGCCAGUCUCCAGAUCUCAACCCCAUAGAAAAUCUUUGGAGGUAGUUGAAAGUCUGUGUUGCCCAGCGACAGCCCCAAAACAUCACUGCUCUAGAGGAGAUCUGCAUGGAGGAAUGGGCCAAAAUACCAGCAACAGUGUGUGAAAACCUUGUGAAGACUUACAGAAAACGUUUGACCUGUGUCAUUGCCAACAAAGGGUAUAUAACAAAGUAUUGAGAAACUUUUGUUAUUGACCAAAUACUUAUUUUCCACCAUAAUCUGCAAAUAAAUUCAUAAAAAAUCCUACAAUAUGAUUUUCUGGAUUUUUUUUUCUCAUUUUGUCUGUCAUAGUAUGAUGAAAAUUACAGGCCUCUCUCAUCUUUUUAAGUGGGAGAACUUGCACAAUUGGUGGCUGACUAAAUACUUUUCCCCCCCACUGUAUAUAAAGGUAAGUGGACACCCCUUCAAAUUAGUGGAUUCGGCUAUUUCAGCCACACCCGUUGCUGACGGGUAUAAAAUUUUGAACACUGCCAUGCAAUCUCCAUAGACAGACAUUGGCAGUAGAAUGGCCUUACUGAAGAGCUCAGUGACUUUCAACAUGGCACCGUCAGAGGAUAUCACCUUUCCAACAAGUCAGUUCGUAAAAUUUCUGCCCUGCUAGGGUUGCCCCAGUCAACUGUAAGUGCUGUUAUUGUGAGAAACUAGGAGCAACAAUGGCUUAGCUGCGAAGUGGUAGGCCACACAAGCUCACAGAACGGAACCGCCAAGUGCUGAAGUGCGUAGCACGUAAAAAUCGUCUGUCCUCGGUUGCAACACUCACUACUGAGUUCCAAACUGCAUCUGGAAGCAACGUCAGCACAAUAACUGUUAGUCGGGAGCUUUGUGAAAUGGGUUUCCAUGGCCGAGCAGCCGCACACAAGCCUAAGAUCACCAUGGGCAAUGCCAAGCGUCGGCUGGAGUGGUGUAAAGCUCGCCACCAUUUAACUCUGAAGCAGCGGAAAUGUGUUCUCUGGAGUGAUGAAUUACGCUUCACCAUCUUGCAGUCCGACUGAUGAAUCUGGGUUUGCCGGAUGCCAGGAGAACGCUACCUGCCCCAAUGCAUAGUGCCAACUGUAAAGUUUGGUGGAGGAGGAAUAAUGGUCUGGGGCUGUUUUUCAUGGUUCGGGCUAGGCCCCUUAGUUCCAGUGAAGGGAAAUCUUAAUGCUACAGCAUACAAUGACAUUCUAGACGAUUCUGUGCUUCCAACAUUGUGGCAACAGUUUGGGGAAGGCCCUUUCCUGUUUCAGCAUGACAAUACCCCCAUGCACAAAGCGAGGUCCAUACAGAAAUGGUUUGUCGAGAUCGGUGUAGAAGAACAUGACUGGCCUGCACAGAGCCCUGACCUCAACUCCAUCGAACACCUUUGGGAUGAAUUGGAACGCCGACUGCGAGCCAGGCCUAAUCGCCCAACAUCAGUGCCCGACCUCACUAAUGCUCUUGGGGCUGAAUGGAAGCAAGUCCCCGCAGCAAUGUUCCAACAUAUAGUGGAAAGCCUUCCCAGAAGAGUGGAGGCUGUUAUAGCAGCAAAGGAGGGACCAACUCCAUAUUAAUGGCCAUGAUUUUGGAAUGAAAUGUUUGACGAGCAGAUGUCCACAUACUUUUGGUAAUGUAGUGUAUCAACGCUAAAAUUAGAAGAGCUUUGAGGCCCCAGUUGAUUUGCAUGUUCCUCAAAACGUAGAGCGAUGAGCUGAGUUAAUUUGGCAAGCAUUGUGUUUGGAUCAGUCAGUGAGCGACCUCUAGUGGUGGUGUGAUGUUAUACAUCCUCUGAUGUGAUACCUCAUAUCUACAUUAGUUUGCUUUCAUUUUAAUUUGUGAUGCAAAUAGGAGACUUUGAACUGUGACUUUCCGUGGCAUGCAUUUUGCAGAGGCAGCGGCAAUAUGACCAUGUGUUGUCACUCUAAAAAGUGGACUAUGUCUUAAUUUUGACCUCCAAUCAUACAACUCUUCCACCUCUUCUUGUAUUGAUUUGAGCAAGUCCAUCAGACCAAAUCCCCUUAGCCAACACUAAAUCCUGCUAGCCUCACUGCACCCCUGAUACACAUCUAAAUGCACACAUGGAGGCCUAAGUCUUUACGGCCUUUGAUUUCCUAUAUUCUCCUGGAGGACAGGUACAGUUGAAGUCGGAAGUUUACAUACACUUAGGUUGGAGUCAUUUAAAACUCAUUUUUCAACCACUCCACAAAUGUCUUGUAACAAACUAUAGUUUUGGCAAGUCGGUUAGGACAUCUACCUUGUGCAUGACACAAGUAAUUUUUCCAACCAUCGUUUACAGACAGAUUAUUUCACUUAUAAUUCACUGUAUCACAAUUCCAGUGGGUCAGAAGUUUACAUACACUAAGUUGACUGUGCCUUUUAAACAGCUUGGAAAAUUCCAGAAAAUGAUGUCAUGGCUUUAAAAGCUUCUGAUAGGCUAACUGACAUCAUUUGAGUCAAUUGGAGGUGUACCUGUGGAUGUAUUUCAAGACCUACCUUCAAACUCAGUGCCUCUUUGCUUGACAUCAUGGGAAAAUCAAAAGAAAUCAGCCAAGACCUCAGAAAAACAAUUGUAGACCUCCACAAGUCUGGUUCAUCCUUGGGAGCAAUUUCCAAACGCCUGAAGGUACCACGUUCAUCUGUACAAACAAUAGUACGCAAGUAUAAACACCAUGGGAUUACGCAGCCGUCAUACCGCUCAGGAAGGAGACAUGUUCUGUCUCCUAGAGAUGAACGUACUUUGGUGCGAAAAGUGCAAAUCAAUCCCAGAACAACAGCAAAGGACCUUGUGAAAAUGCUGGAGGAAACAGGUACAAAAGUAUCUAUAUCCACAGUAAAACGAGUCCUAUAUCGACAUAACCUGAAAGGCCGAUCAGCAAGGAAGAAGCCACUGCUCCAAAACCACCAUAAAAAAGCCAGACUACGGUUUGCAACUGCACAUGGGGACAAAGAUCAUACUUUUUGGAGAAAUGUCCUCUGGUCUGAUGAAACAAAAAUAGAACUGUUUGGCCAUAAUGACCAUCGUUAUGUUUGGAGGAAAAAGGGGGGUGCUUGCAAGCCCAAGAACACCAUCCCAACCGUGAGGCACAGGGGUGGCAGCAUCAUGCUGUGGGGGUGCUUUGCUGCAGGAGGGACUGGUGCACUUCACAAAAUAGAAGAAGGAAAAUUAUGUGGAUAUAUUGAAGCAACAUCUCAAGACAUCAGUCAGGAAGUUAAGGCUUGGUUGCAAAUGGGUCUUCCAAAUGGACAAUGACCCCGAGCAUACUUCCAAAGUUGUGCCAAAAUGGCUUAAGGACAACAAAGUCAAGGUAUUGGAGUGGCCAUCACAAAGCCCUGACCUCAAUUUUUCUGCUCCCUCCAAAGAUGUUCUAUUGGGUUCAGGUCUGGAGACUGGCUAGGCCACUCCAGGACCUUGAGAUGCUUCUUACGGAGCCACUCCUUAGUUGCCCUGGCUGUGUGUUUCGAGUCUUUGUCAUGCUGGAAGACCCAGCCACGACCCAUCUUCAAUGCUUUUACUGAGGGAAAGAGGUUGUUGGCCAAGAUCUCGCGAUACAUGGCCCCAUCCAUCCUCCCCUCCAUACGGUGCAGUCGUCCUGUCCCCUUUGCAGAAAAGCAUCCCCAAAGAAUGAUGUUUCGACCUCCAUGCUUCACGGUUGGGAUGGUGUUCUUGGGGUUGUACUCAUCCUUCUUCUUCUUCUAAACACGGCGAGUGGAGUUUAGACCAAAAAGCUCUAUUUUUGUCUCAUCAGACCACAUGACCUUCUCCCAUUCCUCCUCUGGAUCAUCCAGAUGGUCAUUGGCAAACUUCAGACGGGCCUGGACAUGCGCUGGCAUGAGCAGGGGGACCUUGCGUGCGCUGCAGGAUUUUAAUCCAUGACGGCGUAGUGUGUUACUAAUGGUUUUCUUUGAGACUGUGGUCCCAGCUCUCUUCAGGUCAUUGACCAGGUCCUGCCGUGUAGUUCUGGGCUGAUCCCUCACCUUCCUCAUGAUCAUUGAUGCCCCACAAGGUGAGAUCUUGCAUGGAGCCCCAGACCGAGGGUGAUUGACCGUCAUCUUGAACUUCUUCCAUUUUCUAAUAAUUGCGCCAACAGUUGUUGCCUUCUCACCAAGCUGCUUGCCUAUUGUCCUGUAGCCCAUCCCAGCCUUGUGCAGGUCUACAGUUUUAUCCCUGAUGUCCUUACACAGCUCUCUGGUCUUGGCCAUUGUGGAGAGGUUGGAGUCUGUUUGAUUGAGUGUGUGGACAGGUGUCUUUUAUACAGGUAACGAGUUCAAACAGGUGCAGUUAAUACAGGUAAUGAGUGGAGAACAGGAGGGCUUCUUAAAGAAAAACUAACAGGUCUGUGAGAGCCGGAAUUCUUACUGGUUGGUAGGUGAUCAAAUACUUAUGCCAUGCAAUAAAAUGCAAAUUAAUUACUUAAAAAUCAUACAAUGUGAUUUUCUGGAUUUUUGUUUUAGAUUCCGUCUCUCACAGUUGAAGUGUACAUAUGAUAAAAAUUACAGACCUCUACAUGCUUUGUAAGUAGGAAAACCUGCAAAAUCGGCAGUGUAUCAAAUACUUGUUCUCCCCACUGUGUGUGUGUGUGUGUGUGUGUGUGUGUGUGUGUAUAUAUAUAUAUAUAUAUAUAUAUAUUUUACAAUUCCAUUUAAAUUCCAAUUCAAACAGUCCAAUUCCAUUCCAAUUCCAUAACUUGAAGAUUGUUGAAAUUCGAAUUGAAUUCAAUGUAAAUUAGUUAAUUCAAGAAUUUUAAAUUGGAAAUUACCCCAACCCUGAUAGUGAUUCACGUGUAUACCAAUGGCGGUCAGUGCUGUUUAUGAUGAGGGAGGAUGAUUUUUUUUUUCAUGAGCAUGGCCUUCUUUCUAUUACAGCAUGUUGGAUGACUGUCAUUCAUAUUCCAUUCAGCUCAAUGUAACAUCGAUAGGUUUAGGCUACUACAUGAUACUAUAAUUUUCCUUAUACCCAUCAUGAGGUUGCAACAUCCUAGCCUAUGAAUGAAAGGUUACAACGUAGGUGCAACAAAGGUCGGGAUAAAUUUGAGAUGACAGACAGUGACACAUGGACAGACAGUGACACAUUCAAUACCGCCUUGCACACUCUUGCCUGCAUCUAGCUUAUCUAGGGUGUAAUCAUUAGUCCAACAGUUGCAAAUUAGAGUUUCUAUUGGACAAAUUCAGGUAUUUUUAUCCCCGUUUCAGUUUGCUUCCGUUUAAGAAACAUUUUCAACAGAAUCAGCGGAAUGAAUACACCCCUGAUCACGCAUAAACACAGUUCACUUUCAUAGCAGCCACGUUGUAUUCCCUCUCACAUUUUCCCUUCGUUUGUGGACUUCAAUGAACAACACAUCAGCUGUAUGUGGUGAAAAAACCUUUCCAAGCCAAAUCAUGUCAUAACCGCUACACACAGCCUACAUCGUUGUCCCCAUAUUAGAUAAAGUAAAGUAAACAUAGCUAAUAGAACUAAUGCGUUAUUAAACCCGCUACAAUCAUGCAGUAAUGUUACAGUGUAUAGUCAGUAAGCAGUUACACCGGUGGUCCCCGGUGGCAAUAAAUUAAUAAAACCAGAGUUCCAGUGUUGUGUUGGAUAGUCAUAGCCAGCUAGCUAACAUAGCAUCCCUCUGUUUGAGCCGGGUGUUUUAGUAACUAAACUAGCCAGCUGCAUUUGCUAGCUAAAUAAGUGAAACUGAAAGUGAAAGAAAAUGACACUCUCUCUCUCUCUUGCUUCUCCUUCAUUUUUGAAGAAAUUAAUUUGUAGAAAACUGUUCAACUAUUGUCUUUCUCUCUCUUUGAGUCAACUACUCACCACAAUUUAUGCAAUGCAGUGCUAGCUAGCUAUAGCUUAUGCUUUCAGUACUAGAUUAAUUCUCUGAUCCUUUGAUUGGGUGGACAACAUGUCAGUUCAUGCUGCAAGAGCUCUGACAGAUUGGAGGAUGUCCUCUGGAAGUUGCCAUAAUUACUGUGUAAGUCUAUGGAAGGGGGUGAGAACCAAGAGCCUCCUAGGUUUUGUAUUGACGUCAAUGUACAAAGAGGAGGACGGAAGCUAGCUGUCCUCAGGCUACACCAUGGUGAUACCCUACAGAGUGCUGUUGAGGCUACUGUAGACCUUCAUUGCAAAACAGCGUGUUUUAAUAAAUUAUUUGGUGACAUAUAUUUAGUAUAGUUUUAUCUAAAAAGGAUAACUUUUUUAAUGUUUUACCAUUUUUAUGGAAUUCACUGAGGAGGAUGGUCUUUCCCUUCCUCCUUUGAGGAGCCUCCACUGGUGUAUACUGAUCAGAACACUACAUAGUAUGUAUACUGAAUAAAAAUAUAAACACAACAUGCAACUAUUUCAAAGAUUUUACUGAGUUAGAGUUCAUAUAAGGAGAUCAGUCAAUUGAAAUAAAUAAAUUAGGCCCUAAUCUAUGGAUUUCACAUGACUGGGCAGGAGCGCAGCCAUGAGUGGGCCUGGGAGGGCAUAGGCCUACCCACUUGGGAGCAUGCCCACCCACUGGGGAUCCAGGCCCAGCCAAUCAGAAUGAGUUAUUCCCAUACAAGGCCUUUAUUACAGAUAGAAAUCCUCUCAGAUAUUAAGAUAAAAACGUUUGCAUUGGACCUUUAAGCACACAGACCUGAAGUUAGGAUUUGGCCCUAACUGCCUGUCUGUCUUCCUACAGCCCCCGAUGCUCCGUACACACACUGGAAACAGACAGUGUUCUACCUGGAGGACUACCUGACUGUGAGAAGAGGGGAAGAGAUCAUCGGCAGCAUCAACAUGAAGCCCAACGACAAGAACAUAGUGAGUGUCUGGAAUCUAUGACCAGUAAAAAGUAAUCAACUUUAACAUAGAAGUUAUACUUAUAGGUGCGGUUUCUGGGACACAGUCUAGUCUUGGACUAAAAAGCAAGAUCAAUGGAGAAUCUCCAUUGAAAGUGCUUUGUAGUCCAGUACUAGACCUAAUCUGUGUCCGGGAAACCGCCCCAUCUAGGUACCAGAGUUUUGGUCUGGUCAAAUGUUGAGAGAAAAAAGGCCCUAGCCCCUACCUACUGCAUGAUAGCUAGAGAUCCUGGCCCCACAGGGAUAGGUACAGGUCAUACAUAUAACAUCUGUACUUGUCUAUCAAAAUGAAGUCAGAAGGUCAAAUAAAGUCAUUUCAGGCAGAUAAAGCAUUUAUUCUAACAUUAUAUAGCUAGAAAGAAACUAAAUUCCACUACUACCUCUCCACAAUAGACUGCUUGUUUUAAUCAUAAUCUUUGUGAUAAAGGUCAAAGGAGAGAGAACACUCUGAUCAUUUCCAGACCCCAGACCAAACAGGAGAUGAUGAUACCGAGUCCUGGAAUCCACCCCACCCUCUUUCCUCAUCUGUACAAAUUGCCUGUGUGAGAGCUUUCAGGUGACAGGCCUGAAAUAAGAAAAGUCUGAUUGAACACUCACUUUGAUCUCUCUUUCUCUUUCUCUUUCUCGCAGCGUGACUUGGACUUUACCUUUGAGCUGGAUUUCAAAGGACAGUUAUGUGAGGCAGCCAUCUCCCACGACUACAAGAUGCGUUAG